UUUCUUACAUUUCUGCCGGCAUUUCAGCGUUUGUUUUUCUUGGUUUUGGGUGGGAAUUGAAUGGAAUAUUUUCAGCCAAUUGAGAAGCCAUUGGUUUUGUUGGGCUGUGCAUAUUUGUCUUGGAAGAUGAUCAGACAUAUUUGGGGUGUCUUGAAAACGUUUGAGAAAGAACCUGUGACUGUUCUUGUCACUGGUGCUGCAGGUCAAAUUGGGUAUGCUCUUGUGCCAAUGAUUGCCAGAGGAGCCAUGCUAGGGGGUGAUCAGCCUGUGAUUAUACACAUGCUUGAUGUGGCCUCUGAGUCCUUGAAUGCAGUUAAAAUGGAGUUGAUUGAUUCAGCUUUCCCUCUUCUCAGAGGCGUGGUGGCAACCACAGAUGUCUCCGAGGCCUGCCAAGGCGUUAACAUUGCGAUCAUGGCCGGUGGGAUCCCGAGACGAGAAGGCAUGGAAAGGAAAGAUGUCAUGUCCAAAAAUGUCUCCAUUUACAAGUCCCAAGCCUCAGCCUUGCAACAACAUGCUGCUCCUGAUUGCAAGGUUUUGGUUGUGGCCAAUCCAGCAAACACAAAUGCACUGAUUCUGAGAGAAUUUGCCCCUGCAAUUUCUGAGAAAAACAUCACCUGUCUGACAAGGCUAGACCACAACAGAGCCUUAGCCCAGAUUUCAGAGAAGCUGGACAUUCAUGUAAGUGAGGUAAAGAAUGUGAUCAUAUGGGGGAACCAUUCUUCAACUCAGUACCCUGAUGCGAGCCACGCAACUGUGAAAAUCGAGCGUGGAGAGAAACGCGUUGCAGAGCUUUUUGCAGAUGACGAUAAAUGGUUGCAGACCGAGUUCAUUACCACGGUGCAGCAGCGUGGCGCUGAGAUCAUAAAAGUGCGAAAGCAAUCCAGUGCGUUGUCUGCUGCAAGCGCGGUUUGUGAUCAUAUACGCGAUUGGGUUCUUGGAACUCCAAAGGGAACAUGGGUUUCAAUGGGAGUAUAUUCUGAUGGUUCUUAUGGCAUCCCACCUGGUUUAAUGUACUCUUUCCCUGUUACUUGCAAGAAUGGAGAAUGGUCAAUUGUGGAGGGUAUAUAUAGUACCUAAAAUCUCGCGACCCUAAAACUUACGUCUCAAGAUUGAUGCGUUUUCGAGGGAAAAGAUGGAUGCAAGUGCUAGAGAGUUGAUUGAGGAGAAAGUGUUGGCCAACUCUUGCCUAUACUGAUGAUAAUGGGAUUGUGUAAACACAAAAUACACAAUUGUACUUUGUUAUAAUUAAAAAAUAUGUUGAGAUUUACGAAAAUAAGAAUUCAGUAAUGUGCCUAUGUUUACAGGGAGAAACAGUCAUUUUAUUAAUUAUGAUGGUGUCCAGUUUGCAAGCAUCA